GCUUUCUUUACAGUAAGAUUCAUUCAUAUUGAACGACAGUCUUUUUUUUUUCACCAUUCUUCUAUAUCAAUUUGUUCUUUUUUUCUCAUUCUGUGAUGCGCCUACUAGAAGAAAAAUGAAUACAAAUUAUGCACAAAGAUUUAUUAAGGUAGAUGGGAGAGUUGUUACUUCAUAGAAUAUAUAAAAUCUAUUUUCAACUGAAUUUUAUCCAUUUAUUUCUUUUUAUCAUUGAAUGCGUAAUACAGAACCAAACAUCAUCUGUAUUUUUUCCGCUGAUUCAAUAUAAAAGUUGAUAAUAACUGAUUUAAAAUAUGCAUAUCGUUUUCCUCCAGUGUCAAUUGAUUUCUUAUCAUUUUUUGUUCUUUCAAUGAUUCAUCGUGCUUUAUGUCAAUAGAAAAAUUUCUCUCUCUCUCUCUCUCUCGCUCUUUAUCAUUAGAAAUGUGCUGAUAAAAGGAGCUUACUCAUUAAAGAGUCUCUCAUUUUUUUUUCUUAACAGAUACGAAAAACAUGCAACAACGACAGUUGAUUAUUUUUGUAUUAUUCAUUACAGUUACUUAUGCAACAGAGAUCAACUAUUUUGAUGCUCAAGCAUAUGCACAAUUUAUUCCAGAUCCAAUCACUAUUUUUGCUAAUUCUAUUCAAUUAUGGAUCAAUGUAACAGAUUGUCCACCACCAUCUUGUGAAUGUAAAGUAAAAGCUAAUGUCACCAGUGAUAAUGAUAUUUAUACUGUAGAAUUUUUGCCUACAAAACCAAAUAUAGGUUUUGCUAACAUUAGUGAUCUUCAAUCAAAUACAUUAUAUUCAUACACUUUAAGUUGUGUUGGAACUGAUCAAACAAUGACACGUAACUUUCGAACAGAUUAUGGUCGUCCAUCCGCACCACAAAAUAUUACAGUUAAACUAGAUUCUAAACGUUUAACAUUAUUCUGGUUACCUCCUUUAAAACCAGCUGGACCAAUUCAUAAUUAUAAAUUAAAUAUUGAUUUACAAUUGAUUAUAGAUAAUAUACCCAACAAUCAAUUCUCUUAUACUAUGAUAGAAGAUUAUAUUUAUGGACAAAAACAUGUAUUUUUUCUUCAAGCUUGUAAUAUAGAUCGUCAAAAACAUUCAGUAUGUUCGAUUGCAAACGAUGGUGAAAAUAGUUUUUUUAUGCCAAUGACAACAACAUCUACGCAGGAGAACGCAUCAUGCAUUCUAUGUUCUUCAAAGUUUUUUCUAAUUUUCAUUUUUUGUUUUCUUUUAUUCAAUUAA